GAGGGUGCCCCGGAGCUCCGCCCGUUCCGGGGCUGGGACUGGCUCCGCGGGCUGCUCCUCCAGAGACCCCGCUGCCCCGGCUCCCAGCUCCUGCAAUGCAGAGGCCUGUCGCGCCGGGCUCCCUGUGCAUCGUGCCUGCUGGCUCUGAGCAGGGACCGCCCUGCUACGUGUGCUACUGCGAGGGCCCCGAGGGGCCGGGGCUGGACCCUGAGCCUGGACAGACCUGCGCCGUCAACAUCUAUGUGACUGAUGCCCUGGAGCUCUGGAGCACCAGCUUCACCCCGGAGACCUUGGAGAAACAUAAAGCCCAGCAUGGUCUGGAUGGUGCUGAGGACUAUUCAGCUUGGUUCAGGGUUGCCUGUGACCAGCAUGCGGUAUCUUUGACCUUGAAGGAUGACAGCAGCGCUCACCUGACUAUCUCCAGGGAAGCAGAAACCCUGACUUUUAACCUUUCUAAGGUGCCCAGCCCAGAAGCAGCCCCGCGACUCCAGGCACUGAUGCUGGGGUUGGCAGAGCAAGUAUGCAGAUUGAAGAGGCAGCUGGCAGCUUUGAAGGACGAGACUCCCAGCCCCAGAAAGAAACCCCAGCCACGCAGGCAGCAGCUGUUUUUGCCAGCUCUAGAUCCAGAUUCUGGAAGAGGUGGUCCAGGCCCCGUGAUCAGGAAAUGGAUGCCAGGAGAAUCGAUCAUCAAUCCUGGCUUCAAGAGGUACCACCUGUCUGCCCCUCUUCUUCCUAUCUCCCCAGCAUAGAUUUCAGGUCCUCUUCUUCCUUUCCAUGGUAAGAAGCCAGCCAGUGGAGUGAACUUCGAUGAUACCUGACAUAGUAACUCCUGCAUGAGUCUCCUGCCUCCUGGGGAAUGAGGAUUUGAGGAGUUACAGGGCUCUAAGGAAGCUGAUGGGCCUGAGCUCAGCCUGAAGCAGAAAGAGGAAGAGCUAAGUUGGCCCUGUCCAGAGGAGUGAGUGAUUCAUCGAGUCUGUGACAGCUGGCUCCAGAGAUGCUCUCUAUUUCGCAAAGCAAAAUAAAUCCACAAAUAUUUAUUGUCUA